CCGAUAUAAAGAGACAACACAUAAGCUUUCGUCAAUGUAAUGUGUACGUGUAGUUGACAUGUACAUACACUCCGUACUCUGUGUCUCUCUGCAAUAACUCUCACCUUCUUCAAUUUCAGUUUUCUUCUUCACACAAGUUCUUGUGUUCACUUCACCAGGUCUUUGCCAAUGAAUGCUAAGUCAGCUUUAGAUUUAAUGGAGUCUUCAUCAGAAGUUCAUUUUUCGGGAUUUCACAUGGAUGGUUUUGAGAAAAGAGAGGCCAACACUGAACAACCAACAACAUCGGCAACUGACAUGUAUAAACAACCUUUCAUAAUAGGUGUUGCUGGGGGUGCUGCAUCUGGCAAGAAAACAGUUUGUGACAUGAUUAUUCAGCAACUUCAUGACCAGCGAGUUGUCCUUGUUAAUCAGGAUUCCUUUUACAAUAACUUGACUGAGGAGGAAGUUACAAGAGUGCAGGAUUACAAUUUUGACCAUCCUGAUGCUUUUGAUACUGAGCAAUUGCUACUUGUUAUGGACAAGUUGAAGCGUGGCGAAGCUGUAGACAUCCCGAAGUAUGAUUUUAAAAGUUGCAAGACUGAUGUGUUAAGAAGGGUAAACCCUUCAGAUGUUAUAAUUUUGGAAGGGAUCCUUGUUUUCCAUGAUCCACGUGUUCGGGAGUUGAUGAGUAUGAAGAUAUUUGUUGACACAGAUGCUGAUGUUCGUUUGGCAAGAAGAAUUAGGCGUGAUACUAAUGAGAAGGGUCGGGAUAUUGGAACUGUUCUUGAUCAGUAUUCAAAAUUCGUGAAGCCAGCUUUUGAUGACUUUAUUCUUCCAACAAAGAAGUACGCUGAUAUAAUUAUACCCCGUGGAGGAGAUAAUCAUGUGGCCUGUGAUUUGAUUGUACAGCAUAUCCGCACAAAGCUCGGUCAGCAUGACCUUUGUAAAAUAUAUCCAAAUUUGUAUGUAAUUCAGACAACUUUUCAGAUACGGGGAAUGCAUACUCUGAUCCGUGAUGCUCAAAUAACAAAGCAUGAUUUUGUAUUUUAUGCUGAUCGUUUGAUUAGAUUGGUUGUAGAACACGGCUUGGGGCAUCUUCCCUUUACAGAAAAGCAAGUUAUCACUCCCACGGGUUCUGUAUACACUGGUGUGGAUUUUUGUAAGAGAUUGUGUGGUGUCUCUGUCAUCAGGAGUGGGGAGAGUAUGGAGAAUGCUUUAAGAGCUUGCUGUAAAGGUAUCAAGAUUGGGAAAAUUUUAAUUCACAGAGAAGGUGACAAUGGUCAGCAGCUAAUAUAUGAAAAGUUACCAAUGGAUAUCUCAGACCGGCAUGUGUUGCUGUUGGACCCUAUCCUCGGCACAGGUAAUUCGGCUGUUCAAGCAAUUUCUUUGCUUAUAAGAAAGGGUGUACCAGAGUCCAACAUUAUAUUUCUUAAUCUCAUAUCUGCUCCUUUAGGUGUGCAUGUGGUAUGCAAAAAAUUUCCAAAAAUUAAAAUAGUGACAUCUGAGAUUGAGAUAGGUUUGAAUAAAGAUUUCCGUGUCAUACCGGGCAUGGGCGAGUUUGGCGAUAGGUACUUUGGAACAGAUGAUGAUGAACAACUGGUGGUUCCUUCCCAGUAGUUACACCUUGGGGGCGAAUUCCACAAUAUUUUAGGUUGAUUGUUAUUAUUAUUAAUGAGAGAUUCCUAUGGAAGUAUGAUAGAAUUUGCUCAAUCACUAUUAUGCUGGACAUCUGUCUUUUAGUUCAAAAUCAAUUUUUACUCUAUGGAGCCUUGGAUCACCAUUUCAUUAUCCUUUUGUUGUGUAUUUUAUAAAAUGGCAUGUGGAUGCUCCAAUGAUUAUUUCA